AUGGGCAUUCUGGAGAAGCUUGGUGGCGUCGCCGUUGACCUUUCGGUCAUGGCCUGGGACAAUGCCAUCUUCAUCGCCAAUCUUCUCACCCCGAAACUCAAGGAAGGAACAGUAGUUCCAAAGGGAGCCCCGGGACACAAUCUCACGUGGCCAGAAUACGUUCCACCAACGGAGGGCGACUCUCGCUCUGCAUGUCCCAUGCUGAACGCGAUGGCCAAUCAUGGAAUCCUGCCUCACGAUGGAAAGAACAUCACCUUCAAAGACCUCAAUCAAAAAGUCCGCGAGACCUUCAACUUCGCCUCUUCCUUCUGUUUCUUCGUGCCAAACUUCUCCGCCCGGUUCCUGAACAAGUCCUACUCGACUGAUCGAUUCGACCUCGAGGACCUGAGCAUGCACUCUGAUAAGGCUAUUGAGCACGAUGCCAGUCUUACACGACAGGAUGCCGCACUCGUCAAGGACCAAAGCAAGCCCGAUCUGAAGCUGGUCCAUGACCUGUUGAAGGAAGCGAGUGGAAAGACACCAGACGGGUAUCCUCUGAUGACCAAGGCCGAUCUAUCCCGAGCACUUUCCAAGCGACGAGCAGAUGCGAGGAAGUCGAACAGAGAGUAUUCCGAGUCUUUCUUCCACAACAUGUUUGGAAGUGCAAACUCCGCAACCAUGUUGACCAUCUUCGGUGGACGUAUUGAGGACUUGGGGCCUAUGUUGACUGAGGAGCGAUUCUCCGAGCAUUGGGAGCCACGUGUCUUGGACCGCUACGGCCUGACCAUGGCCAAGUUCAACGGCACAGUCCUGCCGGUGGAGAUGAAGAUAGACCCAAAGAAGUACCAGUGA